AUGUGUGACGACGAAGUAGCGGCUCUUGUAGUUGACAAUGGAUCCGGAAUGUGCAAGGCCGGAUUUGCCGGAGACGACGCACCACGAGCGGUUUUCCCCUCCAUCGUUGGUCGCCCUCGUCACCAGGGUGUCAUGGUUGGAAUGGGUCAAAAAGACUCUUACGUAGGAGACGAAGCUCAGUCUAAAAGGGGUAUUCUCACGCUGAAGUACCCGAUCGAACACGGUAUCGUCACCAACUGGGAUGAUAUGGAGAAGAUCUGGCACCACACGUUUUACAACGAGCUCCGUGUUGCGCCUGAAGAGCAUCCUGUUCUUUUGACCGAAGCUCCCCUUAACCCGAAAGCCAACAGAGAAAAAAUGACGCAGAUUAUGUUUGAGACUUUCAACACUCCUGCCAUGUACGUUGCCAUCCAAGCUGUUCUUUCGCUGUACGCGUCCGGUCGUACAACCGGCGUCGUUCUAGACUCCGGUGAUGGUGUCACCCACACUGUUCCCAUUUAUGAGGGUUAUGCGCUUCCCCAUGCAAUUCUUCGUUUGGAUUUGGCUGGCCGUGAUCUAACUGACUACCUUAUGAAAAUUUUAACAGAACGUGGUUACUCGUUUACCACAACUGCUGAACGCGAAAUCGUUCGUGAUAUUAAGGAAAAGCUGUGCUAUGUCGCGCUUGACUUUGAGCAAGAAAUGGCUACGGCUGCCUCUUCAUCUUCGCUUGAGAAAUCCUAUGAGCUUCCCGAUGGGCAAGUUAUUACCGUAGGAAAUGAGCGCUUCCGUUGCCCUGAGGCUUUAUUCCAGCCAUCAUUCUUGGGUAUGGAGUCUGCCGGAAUUCACGAAACAUCAUACAACUCCAUCAUGAAGUGCGAUAUUGAUAUCCGCAAGGAUCUUUAUGCAAAUACGGUCCUUUCCGGAGGAACCACUAUGUAUCCUGGAAUCGCUGACCGUAUGCAGAAGGAAAUUACUGCUCUUGCUCCUAGUACCAUGAAAAUAAAGAUCAUUGCUCCGCCCGAACGCAAGUAUUCCGUUUGGAUCGGAGGAUCGAUCCUCGCAUCGUUGUCCACCUUCCAGCAAAUGUGGAUAUCUAAGCAAGAGUACGACGAGUCUGGACCAUCAAUCGUCCAUCGAAAAUGCUUCUAA